AUGAAAAUUCUUAACGAGGUUAUUGACAAAAAAAGAAACAGUGGAAAGAUUACAAUGAUUCCAGAAUGUCUUGAUGAUAUUUACGAAUUGACUAAAAUUAUUUUAGUGAAUGAUAGAUUAAAAAGCUAUACACAUAGAAAGCUAUCACUUGACGGAAGAAAUCAACAGAAAAUUGGUCUAUAUUUGAUGAUUAGGCUUGAAAGUUACACAGUUGAUUUAGAAAACGGUGUUUUGUACGCAAAAGGAAAAGUUUGUGAAGAAAAUGAACAUGUAAAAAUGGGACUAUACCACACAUUAGAGAUAGAAAUAGAUAAAAAGUUUACUUUACAAAAAGAUAGUUGGACAAAAUCAGAUUUAAGUCUAUUAAAAGAACUAAGUAAAGGAUCACAGAACAUACUAUUUUUUGUAUUUUAUGAAAAAGAUUGUGUCAUCUGUUUAGUAGGUAAAAAUCGCAUAAAAAUAAUUAAUAAAUUGGAAGUGAAAAACAAAAAAUUUAAUAAUCUACUAAAUAUACUUAUUUUAUAUUUGACAAAAGUAGAAUUUGUUAUUAUUUGCUCUGUUAUGAAUAUUGUAAAUGAUUUUAAAAAAUUUAUCGAAUCUAAUUCUGAAUUUGUGAAAAAAAUUGGAAAAAUAAAUUUUAAUGAAAAAAUUUUUAACAUUAAAUUACCUGGUGAUAUGAAAAAUGAUACUAUAAAACAGAUUGUGAAUUUUAUUUUGACUGAUAAAGAUUUAUCUAGAAGAUUUAAUAAUUUAAAAUAUGUACUAGAUCUAAAAGAAAUAAGCAAAUAUUUUUUAGAAUUUGAUAAAGGAAAUUAUGAUUUACUGGUUGGAAAAGCAGAAAUUCGAGAAAGUCUAGAAUAUGGUGCUUUAUGUAAAAUAUUUUUUACUGAUGAAAUUUUUAGGCCACAUUGUAUUGACAAGCGAAGGAAAAUUGACGAAUUUUGUAAAAAUUUGGAAUGUAAUAGAGUAAGCAUUUUUGUUAUUCCAGUCAAUCAUUAUCUUGGAGAACGUUUAAAAGAAAUUGGUGGUGUGUGUGGAAUAUUAAAAUUUGUGUAUAAAUAG